AUGUGGCAAGUUCCAGAGGAUCUUGGCGCCGAGCUAGGAAUUAACCGGUACACCGCGUUUCUUCUUUCUCCUUCCUCCCACUCCCUUCGUUCUCCUGUAUUUCCUCCCGACGUCGUCGCCACCAGAGCCGCCCGCCGUCGUCCCCAUCCAUCAGAGCCCCUCUUGCUGGUCGCGGCCACACUGCUCGCGCAGGCCACGGCCUGCCCCUACUGCCCGCCGCCGAAGCCGCCGCCGCCUCCACCGCUGAAGGCGAAGCCGCCGCCUUCGUCCACGUCGUGCCCUCCCCCGCCCUACUCAUCGUCGCCGUCCACGCCGACGGGCAAGUGCCCCGUGAACACGCUCAAGCUGCUCGUGUGCGUGGACGCACUCAACGGCCUCGUGCACGCCGUCAUCGGGACCAAGGCCAGCGACACCUGCUGCCCGCUGCUCUCCAGCGUGGCCGACCUCGACGUCGCGCUCUGCCUCUGCACCACCAUCAAGGCCAAGGCGCUCAGCGUCAGCCUCGUGCUCCCCGUCGCCAUCUCCCCACGGUGA